UCACGGCGUUGGUCGCCAUCCAUCCCCUCUCCUCCUGUACCAUAACAGAUGGUGGGAACAACGUUGCAUCCACCGGUCACCGUCACCACAGCAGACCGCAGCAUCCUGCCCGGACUCCUCUGGCCUCGCAGCAUCAGCACCAUGCUCCUGCAGGACCGCCACACGCUCUGAGUGCCGUCGUGAUUUAUUUCACGCGGUACCAGCACCACCACGGAGGAAACCUUCUUGCGACUGUUCGGGCUCUCCAUCGCGCGCGGGGGGGGGGGGGGGAAAGAUGGCCGCUAUGAAAAUAUUAACCAGCACGGGGCUCUUCUUGGCUUUCUGCGCGCUGGCUCUCCUCGCCAUGGCGAUCUGCACCGACUAUUGGUACGAGACGGACGCCCGGAGGCACCGGGAGAGGUGUAAAAACUAUGCCAACAAGCGAAACGACCCCGGUUACAUCUACAUCUCCAACCACAACCUCCCCCUCCAGAUGCCUCCGAAGAGCCCGGAGAGGAAAGGUAACGGCCCGGACGCUGCUCCUCUCGUCAGGGGGAAGCGCCACUUUCUGGCCGCCGCGUCUGCCAUGGAGUCUCACUGCAGCAGGCAGUUCAACUCCACCAUCUCCGGGCUUUGGAGGAAGUGUCUCCGGGAGGGAUUCGACCUGGAGACCGAGGACCUUAUUUACAAAGGAAUAAUUCAGAGAUGUACCCCGGUCAAGUAUCAUUACUCCUCGUCCAUUCUCCCACGAAACUUACCCAUCAACAUCACAAAGACCAUCCGACAGGACGAGUGGCACGCACUCCAUCUACGAAGAAUGACAGCGGGCUUUGUGGGAAUGGCGGUGUCCAUCAUUCUAUUUGGCUGGAUCAUCGGAGUGCUGGGAUGCUGCCAGCAGCAUGACCUCAUGCAAUAUGUAGCUGGGCUACUCUUUCUCAUGGGAGGAACAUGCUGCAUCAUCUCCCUGUGCACAUGUGUGGCGGGAAUCAACUUUGAGCUGUCCCGCUACCCCCGCUACAUGUACGGCCUCCCCGAAGACAUUAGCCAUGGCUAUGGCUGGUCCAUGUUCUGUGCCUGGGGCGGCCUUGGCCUCACGUUGCUGGCCGGCUUCCUCUGCACCUUGGCUCCCUCCCUGAGCACACCUGCUCGCACAACAACCCACAAGCCAAGGCAGGAGAACGGAACCGUGUGACAGGGAGCGUCCCCGCAGCGACCGGCCCCCGCCGGACACACAGACCGCACCCCCUUCAACGUUGAUGUUUAACUCUCAAACUGUUUUCGUCGAAUCACCAUAUCACGCAGCACCCCUCGACAUGGCCACCCCCUUCCAGUGUUCAGUGUGCCUGAGUUGUGACGGAAGCGGCAAAGUAACGGCAAGCUUCCCACGCGUACUGUAGUCUUGAAAAUCCUAGAGGGACCUCCAGGAACACUGAGAGCAACAUGUACAGCAACAGACGGCUGGAGAACGGCUCUCACAGCACAAAUAGGACUUUUUUUGUUUGUUUUUUUUGGUUGUUGACAUGCCUUUUUUCGGUGAUCUAAAGGUGACUGUUUUCUCUGAAGAGAAUUUGUCUUAAAAUGGUGCUCUUUGAAAUACAUAAAGCCACACACAAACACACACACAUACACACACACACACACUAUACAGGACAUGCUCACC